UAUUCAGUAACAAUGUCUUCUUAAACUUUAAACGUCAUAGUAAUGUUCAGUUUACGUUCGUUGUUAUACAUGAAUUGAGUCCCCAAAAAAUAACAUCAUGGAUAAACCCGUACCAAAAAGGGCCGGCCUUACUAUACCUAGAAGCAGAAUUCCUUCCAACAGCUCUACUCCAAGUAGUGUUAUACCACGACGAGGUACUUCUACCCCAACAGGAUCAUCAAGCAAAAAUAGGAGCUGCAAUUUUUCCCCAAUCACAAACCCGGAUUUCUCUAAAUCAUCUGCCGGGUCAACCGACAAACUUGAACCAAAGCUGCUCAAACCUCUGGGCCCAUCAUUUCCUGCUCAACAAACAUUAGCUGAAAAGAAAUUAGCCCAAUCAAGAACAAAAUUGUCUACUGAAGAGCAAGCUACAUUGAUGUACAUGAUGUAUCAACAGCAACAUUUCCUAAAUAAUCAAAUUGAAGAAUCUAAAGACAGAGUGUUGGCAGAAUGCAAGGAACAAAUGGAAGACCUCUGGAAUUUGAUCAAAAUUAAGGAAAACAAAAUUUCCCAAAUCAAGGAAAGGAAGAGACUUGAAGAAAUGCGGUUGGAACUCACUUCUCAGAUUGAAGUAUUGGAACCAAUCGUGAAGCAAACAACAGAUGCACUAAGUACUGUAACCCCUAAAGUUAAAGAGCUAGCAGAUGGUUUGGACAUCUAUCGCCAUCAGAUUCGUCUAAUUGAUAUCAAUGAAUUUAAAAAAGAAGAAACAGAUGAAUUGAUCAAAGUUUUUAAGAACAGCACAACUCUAUCCGAUAACAUUCAGGUGGAAAAGUUUGAUGAGUUUAUUAAAGCCGCAAGCGUAAUUUCUGAUCUAAACGGAACUACUGCUAUGCAAAUUGGAAUCAUGGAGGAAUGCCAGAAUAUGAUGUCGCAAUCGAUUACUCGGCUUGGCCAAGAACUAACACUGAGAGAUACAAAAACGGACUUUAGAAAAUUAAGCGAUUUGGAUGUAUAAAAGUUACGUUUUGUUUAUAUGGUAAGAUUAUUUCUGUCAUGAUAAUUAAAUACUUUGAUAGAAAUCCAA